AUGACCCCAGCUCCAGGCAAGAUCCACACACUCCCCGUCAAGGUCUCUUACACUGUGGACAGCUCGGCGCAGACAUACUUUACCGUCCUCCCCGAGCGGCAAAAGGUGUACGUCCACCCGAGACCCUCUUCGCGGUCCACUGGAGCCAGCGCCGGCGCCAGCUCAGACGCGGGGUACUAUGGCGGGGAUUCACAAGGCGAAGAAGGCGGACUGGGGAGCUGCGUAUUGAAGAGCGUUGCGUGGGGCGUAUGCUAUGCUAGCCCCGAAUGCGUCCCCGCACCCACCUCUCACGAUUUCUCCGUCUACUCCCUUGACCCAUCGCCUACAUCCACCUCAACAUCUCGCGCUUUCCCCUCCCAGUCUGACAAUGGUGAUCUCGACCCCCUCCCGGCCGAACGAUGGGACGGGAAAGGGUUCCUCUCGUGGGCCCUAUACGAGCCGAACGACGGAACGACCCUUAUCCGCGGUCGAGUCGUAUACGACCCUGACGCGUUCGAGGGGGUCUCGUUCAAUCCCGCUGGGGGUCUCGAGGGGCUGCUCGCGCUCAGCCAAGAAGGCGAAGGUGAGGGCGAAGAGGGGUGGGGAUUGGAAGUGCAGCUGAGUCUGAGGAUGGUCAAUCUCGGAGGGAGGGCCGUGGGGGACAAAAAGGAAUUCGGGGAGAUGCUCGCUCGUGUCAAAGAAGGAGGGGCAGGACGAGGCGGGGGUGGACUGCCAAUCAUGUCCCUCCCUGCGCCCCUACCUGCGGUCCGGAGGGAAGAAGUACCGGGAAGAAGGCGGAUCGAGCCGAGAUUGAUCGACCAGUCGGAAGUCUCGGGCGGGACGUUCGGGAUCUCGACAGGACUGGAGAGGCGGGGUCUGGGAGGUGCCGUCGGGGGUCCAGGACCAGCGCGGACCAGCUCGAGCGCAGCGGCCAACCUGCCCACUUCGGAGGGAUCGCGACCUAGACCGCCUCUCCCACAUCGGUCUUCCCUAUCUGGCGUAACGUCCGUCCCGCCAAGCAGCGUCCCUAUGGCGGCUACCUCCUCGGAAUCCUCUCGGCCCAUGUUCGCCGCACCCCCACUCCCACCCGCGAGCCUCACACCCCCCAACUCCAAUUCCAAACCCCCUGCUUCAAGCGCCGCACCCGUUUCGGACAGGGACGAGCGCGAAACUACCCCUCCCACAGCGCCUACCCGGCGCUCACCCCCUCCUUCCACCCCCUCCCGCCUUCAAGCGAUCCUCCGGUCCGAUGCGAAGCUAUCGCCCAAUCUCGCUCGGUCGCUCGCCAACAAUCCGACGCUACUACGUCUGCUCAAAAGCGUUCCGGCCUCUGCGGCACCUCUCGCCGCGCUCAACAAGCUGCGCUCGCCAUUCGACAACGAGUCGGGCGAAGCGGACGCAGGUGGGAGCAGUACCGAUCCAGGCCUGUAUGGACCCCCUCCACCUCCUCCGGCGUUCCUUCGCUCCUCCCCUGCUCAGGCCCAAGCCGGGGCAGCAGCAGGAACAGGAACAGGCACUAAGCCCUCUCCCGCCGGUUCCUCCGCUUCACACGCCGCGGCCACCCCCAACUUCAAUACCCCCGGCUCGGCCGCCACUAUCACCAAAGCCAGCACGAACGGCAAGAAGGGUGCGGCCGCCUCUGCCUCUGCCUCGGGAUCUACGAGCGGGACCGGCGCCAUAGGCCGGAUGUGCGAUAAUUGCGAGACUACCAAAUCGAGGUGUUGGCAUUCCCGUCCGAGCAAGGCGCAACCGGGGGCGGUCAUGAGUGUGUGCGAGGAGUGUGCUGUCUACUUCAACAAGCACAAGAAGAUGCGGCCUGUUAGUCUGACGGCUAAGGCGGCGGGGGCGGGGGCGGUGGGGCAGGGAGAAGGGGAAGGGAGCGGGAGUGGAGAAGGGACGCCUGGUGCGGGCACGAGCGCAAAGGCGAAGGGCAAGGCAAAGGCAAAGGCGGCUGAACCCAAAAAGACUGGCGUCGGGGUCGGUGUAGGUGUGGGGGUCGGCAUAGGCGUAGGGGCAGGAGCCGAGACGACCCCUCCGACCUCAGUCUCCAAAACGGGCGCAGCGGAGAUGAUGGCGGCCGCAUCAGCGGCCGAGCCAAGGGGUCCGGUCUAG